GCCAGGAGGACGCUCUCGCUCCAGCCUCGCCGCGCUGGAGGCUGCCGUGCCGCCAGCCUCGGGCCUGCCCACCGCCGUGAGGGGGGCGGCGAGCCUCGCCGCCGCUGGCCGGGGCCGCCGCGGAGGAAGCCUCCUGCUCUCCCUGAACCGCUGGAGCCUGCGCAAUGCCUGUGUGGUCCCUUCGCAAUCAGUCUUUUGUGACUCUAGCCACAAACGACUCCUAUGUGAAAGGAGCACUGGUACUUGGUUCGUCUUUGCAAUACUAUAGAACAACAAGGAAGUUGACUGCACUCAUAACUCCUCAGGUCUCAGAUCCCAUGAGGAAAGUGCUGGAAAGAGUCUUUGAUGAAGUCAUAUUGGUAAAUAUUCUGGAUAGUGGAGAUUCAGCACACUUAGCACUAAUGAAGAGACCUGAGCUGGGUGUCACUCUAACAAAACUUCACUGCUGGGAACUGACACAAUAUUCAAAAUGUGUUUUCAUGGAUGCAGACACAAUGGUUUUGUCAAAUAUCGAUGAACUCUUUGAGAGAGAAGAGCUGUCUGCAGCACCAGAUCCAGGCUGGCCUGACUGCUUUAAUUCUGGAGUUUUUGUUUACCGACCUUCCAUUGAAACAUACAAUCAGCUAUUACAGCUUGCCACAGAGAAAGGCAGCUUUGAUGGUGCGGACCAGGGGUUAUUAAACACCUUCUUCAGCAGCUGGGCAACAACAGACAUAAGCAAACAUCUACCAUUUAUUUAUAAUUUGAGCAGCACUUCUGUAUACUCCUAUCUUCCAGCAUUUAAAGCGUUUGGUGCCAAUACUAAGGUGGUACAUUUCCUGGGAAGCACAAAGCCAUGGAACUAUACGUACGACUCCAGCACAAAAAGCCUAAAAGGCAAAAUGCAUGACCCUAAAAUAGUUCACCCAGAAUUCCUCAACAUGUGGUGGGAUACCUACGUGGCUAAUGUUUUACCAUUACUAGAACAGCAUGGAAUCGUUAAAGAAAAUACCACAGGUGUAAACACGCUAUCGGGCUUGGUCUAUACUCUGGCUUUCUCUUGUGGCUUCUGUAGAGAGGCAGAGGUUACAGAGGCAGUGUCCCACAUGUCAAUAUCAGCAACAGCACCACCACCUUCACCACCUGCGCCAGUGUUACCAACUGUAUCUUCACAAGAACGCAAAGAACGGUGGGAGCAAGGCCAAGCUGACUAUAUGGGAAUGGAUUCUUUUGACAACAUCAAGAAGAAACUUGACACCUACCUUCAAUAGAAAUACUUGUCUCAAACACCGUCAAUGCAAGGACUUGCUCCAGAACUAUAGCCGCUAGAAAGGUGUUGAAUGUGGUCAGUUAAACUUGCUAGUAGCUUGAUGAAGACUUUUCGGUUAAAGGUCUCUGCAGUGCUACAGAUGAAGAGUGAGCAAAAGCUAGGAAGCAGAAUUCCUUGGGCCAGCUCUAACUGCCCAAUUUCCAAUUCUCCUUCCUAGACUAAAAACAGGUAUUUUCAGCUUAAGUUGUCUUCUGUUGCAAUCAAGACACUAAAUUGGCUCAACAUAUUCCUUGAAACUGUGGGUUUGUACCUCACCUUGUUAAGGUGAUUAGCAUUGCUCCCUUUGCCUGCUCUUUUAGAUGCAAAAUCCAAUCUAUGGGAUUGUUCUUGCACUAGAGUGGUUGCCAUUCUGCCUUAUCAUAAAUGUAUUGAUGAUACUGGGAUACGUGCAGGUGGAACAGUAAUAGCACUGCUUUAUUCUUCUAGUCACACUUGCACUGAAGAUCUUGACCAGGUUCUUAUGCACAGUGCCUACAGCAUGGCAGAAUGCAUUUGUUCAGUUCUGUAUAGUGUGGGACUAGUAAAAUGAGUUUUAUCUGUUACUUGUAACGUUGCACUUGAUGCAAAAAUAAAAAGUUGUCAUGCAUUUCUGGUUUUUCUAAACUCUGAAGAAAAUAAAAAAAAAUUCUGAGA